UUUAAAGAUUAAUAUAGUCUGUUGAAAAAUUGCGACUGAAUUGUAAACGAAAUUAUUUUUCAUUUAACAAUAUGUAGAAUGUAAUUUAACUGUAGAUCUAUGAAAUUUACCUAGUAAAAGAUUCAAAAUCUAUUCCCUGAAAUUUGUCAUAUCAGUUAGCAAGUUAGGUAAACGCAUUCUACUACUACGAAGUUUGUGUUCCACUCGAUAAUUAUUCAAGAAAUAAAAAUAUUUUUAAAGAUCUGCUUAUUUUUGAAUGCCUAUCAAUGUUAAUCCAGGGAGAUAAUCAUAAGUAAUAAUGGACGUGGACGAAUCUCUGGAUCCGAAAGAAUUGAAAGUUACCCUCGAAACAUAUAAAAAAUUGGCAAAUGAUUUUGCAAAUCAUGAUACAAUUUUGAAGGAUAAAACAGUUUUGUCGUAUGUAGCGUAUGUCUUAGAAGUACCCGAUUUUGAGAUUGUUAAUUUGAGUUUAGAUAUUUUGGAGUUAUUUGUUAAAAACGUGGAUAAUUAUGUACACAUAACCUCUACUUUUGGAGUUCGUGAAGCCUUGGAUGCAAUUAUAAAUAAGUACAAUAUAGAUAAACCAAAGAUAUCUAAACGAGCACAAUGUAUAAAAGAUGACAUAGAAAGAAUGAAACCACCAAUAUAUAAUUUACGUAGCAGAUGUAAAAGAGUUAUAGAGCCUAAAAAGUUAAAGACUCAUGUGAUUGUAUUACAUGUUCAAGGCUUAUUACCGGAAACUCGUGCAGAGUUGGAGGCAAUAUUAAUAAGAAUCAAUGGACUAGUUUCUCUGGUAGUUGAUGUAGAACAUCAGCGUGUUACAAUGCGUACUUUAAGUUAUGUUACUGCCAAACAAAUUGCAGAAGCUAUCCAAAAAAAUUCUGAGAAUAUGGAAGCAAGAUUGGUGACACGAAAUAAAUUCAAUCAAGAGUAUCUCGUUAAAUUGAUUCAUACUGGAAAUAAUGGUGAUACUGAAGACAUGCCAGACUACUUACCUGAAGAAGAUGAACAAGAAGAUGAGAAAGAAGGAGUUGUAUCAUUAUUGACUGGAUUAAGACAAAGCGCUUCAUCAUUGUAUAAAUCCACUGCAGAAUUUCUGCACAAUUCAUUUUAUUGGUAAAUUUGUAUGCUCUAGUAUAUUAAAUAUUAUUUUUUAUUCUAUUAUCAAUGAACAACUUUAUAAAAGUAGAAAAUGUUUGAAACUAUAAUUCUUCAUAAACAUGUUUUAAUUUUUAUUUAUUUGACAUGUAAUCUCAAGUUAUCCAUUUUCCAUGACAGUUAAUAUAAUACUCAAAUAUUCACUAUAUUUAUUAAAAUAGACUGAAUAUCUACCAGAAAGUGUAAAUAAAUUUAGUUUUUAUUAUAUGUAAUAAAAAUUUGAUGUCCAUGUUUAAUGUUUGUCCUCGAGUAAACUGUACAUAUGUAAUGUAUUAAAUCUUGUAAUUAAGUAGAGCUAUAAAAUAUAGAAAUUGCAAUAUGAUGAUCUAAGUGAUUAGAACUUUUACAUGUUCAAUAAUAUAAUAGAAUAAAAACAUAAUCAUUAAUUUGAUAAAUGUGAACAAGACUCAGAUCGCUAUUUUAUGCUGAAUGGAUAUUGAAACAGUGUUAUACAGAAAGAAAUUUAUUUCAAAUUAUGUUAAAUAUAUAUAAUAAUUAAAAUA